AAUAUGUACGGAGUGGACGGAAACAGGUCGCGUUGCUCUGCAUUUUGGGACGACCUUAUGGGUUGUGUUGAACAGGUUGGCCGCAAUGAUCAGUGGAAAAAAUGUCAGAAUGAACGGGAAGAUUACUUUGAAUGUCUGCACCACAAGAAACUGGUAUGAAAUGAGACUUAUUUGUGUAAAGACAAACUUUGAGGCCUCAAUCUGCAGUUGUUCCUUGGGGAUUCCGAUUAGGGUUAGGCUGUGGUUUAGCGGGGUAGUGAAGAAUAUUGUUGUAAUAUCCGCCAAAUAAUUAAAAACUUCCAAGGGUGUUAAUUAGAAAAUUCGGAAGAGCCAUUCAGUAGCCUACCUUGCAAUUGCGACCUUUCUGUGGGACUUCUUCCUCUGGAAUGUUGUAGGCUUGAUAGGCAAGUAGUGGGUAUGUGGGCUGCGGAAUGUCGGUCGUUUCGCCAACGGUGGUUUUGCAAACGUCUCUGGUCAGUUCGCAAACGUUGAGAAGUCAACUCGCAAACGUUAUCAACAUUCAUAUGUGUAGAAGCCAGUUCAGUUCAGAUUUCGGAUGUCAACAUUUGAGCAUACAAACUAACUCUCAAGCCUAGUCUUGUAGUUGAUUUCGCUCUAUCACAUCGUUUGCGUGUUGUUUGUGCUGUAAUCCGCAAAUCAAUCUACCGAUAUGAAACAGGUCUUACUGUUGUUGUGUUCUAUUAGGAAGCUUUUCUCUUUGAAGGAAGGUCCACAACUUCCAAGAGACCAGAUAAAAACGCCUCCAUCUUGGGAUGAAAUAUUAACAUGGUUGCUAAGUGACGUACGUUGAACGUCUCAAUGUCCUUCAAUUCCCAUUUCCAGGUUGACAUGUAAAUGUUUGUAACGUUAAAUUUCAGACCCAAUAAUUUAGGCAUAACGUUAGUAUUCUGAACUGUACAGUUAAAACAUAGGUUGACAUAUCAAUGUUUAUAACGUUUGCGAAUUGACUUCUACACGUUUGCGAACUGACUUCUACACGUUUGCGAACUGACUUCUACACGUUUGCGAACUGACCAGAGACGUUUGUGAAACGACCGUUGGCGAAACGACUCGUUGGCGAAACGACCGGUUCCCGGGCUGCGAGUAGAGGUCCUUCAUCAAGGCUGUGCUCUAAGGAAAAUUGAAGGAAGCCCAGUGCUCUGAAACUGUAAAAUCUAGGGUGCCCAACAUAUAAUUUGUAUGAAAAAUCUGAGAUUUUCUAGUCACCCGAGGGCAAAAGUUAGGCGCCAGGGGCCACCGGGCUCUGCUAGAGCACAGCCCUGCUUCGAUCUUCCUAGAUGAGUCAGGAAGAGGUCCCUCCGUGAGGUUUUAAAUGAAAUGGCUUCUUUUUAUGCUCCGAGCAAUAGCCAUUUUUGAGUUGCACCAAGCCACCAUUUGCAAAGCCAUUGAUUUGAAAAUGAUUUUUUUUCUCAUGGAAAUAGAACUCAUUUUCACAACAAAGGUUUUGCACUUAGUCAUGUUUUGAAAGUGAGAGUUUUUGGAACUCAGAAAUGCCCCUUUGAAAACUUCAGGAUCCCACUUGGCAAGGCUGUGCUCUAAGGAAAAUUUAAGUACAUCUGAUGAUGAAGAAGUAUUUUGUACGCACACUCAUUUUACUGGCCUGCUGAUCACCAAACUCGGUAAUUUUAGGUUUUCAGUGCAACAAAAACCUGCAUAUUAUCCUAUGAAACCCAUCAAAGUUUUUCUGCCAUUCAGAUUCAAAAUGAGAAAUGUGAGCAAUGCCGCCGAAUUGUUUAGGUUUUAAGGAGGCAAAAGUAAAUAUUUCUACAGGUUUAGGUAAUUUUCAGUAAGAAGUUUAGGUCAAACAUUGGAAAAAUGUGCUUUUCACUAGUAAUGCUAAAGCUGAAAAUAAAUUUCCAAAAGGUCAAUCAAUGUGGCAUGAAAUAAAUAACGGAGUCUAUGUGGCAGAUCAAACUCAAGUUCCCGUGAAACAGUGAAACUGCCAUGGCCCGAAACCCAGUGCUCGAAACUAACUUUUUUAGUCAGUUGUCCUGGGACUAGUAGUGGGUGGCAUCUACUAGUCCUGAAGGCAAUUCUACUAGUCCUGUCUACCAUCCAUCAUCUGGCCACAAACAUGUAAUUCACACAUUAAAAAAUCAUAGUAAAGCAUGACUCACUCUUUAAAUUGUAAUAAUAAACACUAAUGAAAAGUAUAAUCUUUUAUCUUGAGUUUCUUUGGCUAUUAGAAAUUAUUCAUUGCUUCCUUUGCGGAAAGACGAAUUUUCGUUUUUACUGUUUGGAAAAUUUACACAAUACUGGCAUAACAUUUUUCCCUUCGGUUUCAUUGUAACUAUAAACCACACAAAAUCCUUUUCCAAGCUGGUUUGAAGUCUCUUUCCUUGUUUGCCUUUUUCACUCUUGUUGGCUGGGAAUCACCUGUAUCACUAGUGUUUUCUUCAUCUUUCCUUUCUUCAUCUUCCCUGCCCCUUUUGAAAUAGUGUAACAAAGUCACAGCACGAGAGGCCGCCAUUUUCACGAUGUUUUUCGGAGUUGCAGCGAAGUCGACUGAGAGAGGACUGAGAACCAAACCCUGCCCAUUCACUCACUGUUUUCAAAAUGGCGAUUGUAAAUGCAGAAAUUAUGAGCGUAAACAACGUCAUUGAAAGAACAAUUUUAUAAUAUUACCUGCUGAUUUAACAAAUGUGAAACCAAGAUCCACAGGCUAAAACGUCCACUCGUCCAUGAGAACGACUAACUCAAAAUUCUACUAGUUUUUUGCCUAAUUUUACUCGUUUUAGACAAGUGAAUGACCGUUAGUUUCGAGCACUGGAAACCUUUUGGUUUUUUUUAAAGUCAUCAUUAAUUUUCUUUCCUAUAUUAUCAGUGAAUCUUUUAGAAUAAUCGAGCUUUUUGUGGAUUUGGUGGAAGCAUAAGCGUAACCAACUCUUCUUUCCCUGUUUUUUUUGCCGCUAAAUUUAGCCUAUGCAUGCAUGCAAAUUUAGUUCUCGAUACGUAAAAGGCGAAGACAACGUCACUGGGACUGCCCUGUUUAUAAAACAGAGACAAAAAUGAUCGUAUCUUUUGUUUUCAUAUUUUGUUAUCUUAUGUACAGGGAAGAAAACAAUCACAAGUUAUGUUUUAGCCAAGCGCACACAGCAGAACAAAAACCGUAAAAAUUUUGCAUACCAGUAUAUCAUACAGAAAUAAAUUGAAGUGACUAUCUUGUUUGAUAAAAGUUAUUUCUUACUGUACAUCUUAUAUACACGUAUUUCUCUCUCUCUUCAUUAAUGUGACCUACUUUGAGAUGCCUAGAAUUAUGGCAGCCACCUUGACUGACAAAAUCCUCGUAAUGUUGAUUGGCAGUUGAACUACAAAAAUUAAAUGCUCGUCUUCAAACAUAACCUUUAAAAAUGUUGCAUGCAUGUAGCUUUUGAAGUCCUCAGUGAACAAGUACACUUCGGCAAUCCAACAGUGUUACAGUGGAUUAAAAAGUAUCAGGAACCUGACUUACACUAUCCUUUGAUGGUAUUGUUUCCAAUAGUACACAAGACUUGAAAAGAUUCAGAAACAGAAAGAAAAGCUCAUAAGGGCGGGAAAAUGGCCACCCAAGGAAGAAACGCCAGCAACGCAAUGAAAAGAACAUGAACUUUACACAUUGUUUGACAUAAGAGUACUGAUUGAUGGUGACAGUGACUUACUGUAAGAGAUUGGAACAAACACCUGUACAGUGCCAUGUUUUGUAACAUUAACCCUUUGAGUUGUUUUUUAAAGCUUAUUAAACCAGCAAGUUUAUUUAGGUACCAUUUCGGGUUAAGAUGUAUAAUAAAUGGCUUAAAGGAUUAAGUGAACAUGAAUAAUAAAUAUUGUAACAGUAGUUUGUGAUCUAAAUAAAGUUGGUUUAAAAGCAUUAAUUUAUAUUUUGUCAUCAUGGUGUGAAAUGGGAUGGAACCUUGGGUUCUUUUUAAAUGAAGUAGUAGACAAAGUAUCAGUUACCUUAUUUCCUCAACGUAAUAGCCAUCCC